CCAAAAAUUUCCUUUAUUAAUAUAAUGUAUGUGAGAAAUACAAUCUAUAUAACAACCAAUAACCAACACAAGAAUACAAUAUAUAUAAAAAAAAUCACAUUCCGGGCUGAAAUGUGUCUAGUGAUCACUCCAUCUAUAACAACAGAGCCACGAAAACGGACAAAAACGCGGCGGCCGACACUCCGGCGACGGAGGUGGCGGAGUUUGGCGACGGUGGAGCCACGUCACCGGCAGGGGACGAGGGAGUGGUCGACCCUGACGGUGAUGGGGUACCAGGGGUGGAGCUGGCUGCGCCGGUGACAUUGAUGGAAAGCUGUUGGCCGGCGGAGCAAUGCCCGGGAACGGCGCAAAGGUAGAAGUGCUCGCCGGCGGUGGUCAGCGUGAUUCUCGACGGCGGGUUGCUGUCCAGGGAGAUCGGGUUGG